AAAAGAAUGCAAAGAUGUGUCUAUAGAGCUAUGGUCAGCAUCAUCACUAUCUCUCAGUGCCAAACUUUGUCCUGUUUUGGGGCACAGUGCCCUCUUCUUCAUUUAACUCUUCUUUUCUCUUCUCUCUCACUUUCUCCUUUUCUGCAAACACAAAUCUCUCCUUUUUCUUCCAUUUCCAUUUCACCAUACAAUUCCAUCUUCUUCUUCUUCUUCUUCUUCUUCUUCUUCUUCUCAUCUUCUUCUUCUUCCCCUCUUCAUCUUCCAUUUCACACUACAACAAGUUAAUAAAACACAGUGAAAAACAUGCACCCUUUUAGCUUCUAUCUCACUAAGCUUCUCUGACCAAUACCAAUAAUUUUUCUACUACACAAUACAAAACCCUAGCUACUCCUCCUAAGAACAUCUUCAUUUCUAGAUACACACACAUAUAUAUAUGUUUGUAUAGCAGCUGGGUUCGUGGUGGAUCCUUCUACUUCAACCUACCGCUACAAAGUCAACCUCACUAUCCACAAGAUCCGACUCAAAUCCAAAUCUCCAAGCAUCAGAUCUUUGCAAUGGAAACCGUGCCAUCCCCAAUAACAAGCAGCACCAACAGUGGUGGUGGUGGCGGCGGCGGCAGCGGCAGUACUACUCCGAGUAGGUACGAGAACCAGAAGCGGCGAGACUGGAACACGUUCAGCCAGUAUCUGCGGAACCACCGGCCGCCGCUGACGGUGGCGAUGUGCAGUGGGGCGCACGUGCUGGAAUUCCUGCACUACCUGGACCAAUUCGGGAAGACGAAAGUGCACAACCCGACGUGCCCGUUCUUCGGGCUGCCUAACCCUCCGGCGCCGUGCCCCUGCCCGCUCCGCCAGGCCUGGGGCAGCCUGGACGCCCUGAUCGGGCGGCUCCGCGCCGCCUACGAGGAGAACGGCGGGAGAGGCGAAAGCAACCCGUUCGGCGCCCGCGCCGUGAGGCUGUACUUGCAUGAUGUUCGUGAGUUUCAGGCGAAGGCGAGAGGAGUGAGCUACGAGAAGAAGAGAAAGAGGCCAAAGUCCUCGAACAUCUCUAAGGCAACUGCCACUGCUACUUAGUUUCUUCACAUUCAAACCAAUUAUAUAAUCCCAUGCCCUCACAUGCAUAUCGUUUAUCUUUUUCUCCAUUUCUUCUUCCUCUCUCUCUUUCUUUCUCCAUUUCACCAUUUCGUUGUGUUUAUUUUUGGCAACUUUAAGGUUCUAUUUAUAUACGCCUUUGCUUACAAAGGUGUUCAUUCGUGAGAUGUUUUUCUUAGUUGUCUGGCUUCCUGUGUUCGACUAAAUAGAAUCUAUACCAAACUAGGAUACAUGUUUAUGCCUAUUUUUAGUGCUCAAAUUAAUGGACAUUUUCGGGA